AUGACCGAGAAGGCGUUGAGAGGAUGCUUUUACCGAGAUUGCACGCUGUACGUCGGCGAGUAUGUCCUAGAAGAUGAACCCAGCCAUGGUGAAGCGCUCGCGGAUAGUGGGGCCACUUUAAAUAAAGGAAAAGAUGGCAGCAAAAAGGGGUACAAAAAGGGGGAAACAAAUGGGGAUAGAAGUGGCGAUACAAAUGGGGACCCACAUGGGGACACCAAUGAUGGCGCGGGGAAAGGCAUAAUCACUGACCGUAACGCCUCAGACAACAACUCGGGACAGGAAGGGCCACCUGGGAAAGGCAUCAUUUUCCAUGGCCAGGGAAAGUACAUCAGAGCAAACGAAAUGUUUGCAGGGCAUUUCCAAAAUGGCAAUUACAGAAAAGGCAUAUGGAUAAAGUACAAAAAUAUUCACAACUUAUUUUACUACAUGAAUAUCCACCAUACACUGUCUAGGGAUAAGGGCUCCAUCAACCAAGGGUCUACACAGAAAUUAAGAAAUUUUUUAUAUGUACCCCUGAAGGAGGUCAAUAUAUAUAUAGGAGAGUUUCACAAUAAUAUGUUUAAUGGAUUUGGCUUGUACUACUUUUAUCCGUUCCUGUACGUCGGGUACUUCAUAAACAAUAACAUGGAUGGCUACGGCUACAUGUUUUGCGCUAACUCCGUUGGGGAAAAUUUCGGGGAGGUAGCAAAGGAGGAAGAAAGCAUAAGCAGCACUACUAACAAUUUGUUCGACUUCUUAUUUGUGAGAGGUGAAAAAGGGGGGAUUACAAAAACCUCUUCUGAAAAACAAAAGGGAGAAAAAGACGCCAAAGCGGUUGUGCAAAGUGGGGAAAGUGAGAAUCGCGCUGAGGAGACCUUCAAGGAAGAGACCUCCAGCGCGGAGGGGAUACUCCUUAGAGCGUAUGAGAAACUGGAGAAGAUGAUGAAGGAGAGGGAAACUCGCCUGAGGGAAGCACCGAAGAAGGUAGAGAAACCUCCGAUGUGUGAUCAACCGGAGCGCUCCCCCCACGCGGGCAACCUCAUGGAGAAGCUGCAAAGAGACGUUUUCAAAAACUUCAAACUGCAGACGCGAAGAAAAAACAAAGUGAAAAAAAUAAAAAAGUUCCUUCACCAAAAUGAGAGGGAAAACUUUUUUGAUAUUUUCAAACUUAUAUCAUAUGAGCACCUACUCUACCAGGGCUACUUCCAUAAGAACAAUUUUUUGUCCACCUCGGAUCAGCAGAUCCUAUACAGGAGUUUGUUCCUCCAGAGUUAUGCCCAAAUGGUCAUCGAAAAGGUGAACUCGUUUCGAAGAAACUUGGCUGAGGGGGUGGAGCCCCAAGACUUGUGCAUAAACGGGGACAACGUUUUGUACGUGCUGGAAAGGAAGAAGAAAACUCCAGAGGAGGAGAAGGCACAGGGAGUCGCAAUUUUCAGUGGGAGUGCUAGUGUCACUCCGAAUAGUAGUGCCAGCUCGGGUGCGAGUGGCAGUAGGAGUGCCAUUGCAAAGGCCAGCGCGGGCACACGAAAUGAUGCCACACAUAACGAGCGGAACGAUGUACGUAAGGAACCUAAGGAGAGUGCCUCGCGCGAGGACGAGUGCAAUGCAAGUGUGUGUAGCCCGGACGUGCGUGAAGGAAUUCCCCCGGCAGGUAGCACUCCCAAUGCAAGUUUAUCAAAUGAACACUACAGAGACAUCAUAGACAUGAACCUUCUCAAACGAAUGUUCGAAGCCACGGCAUACGACAACGUGGACUACGCAGUAGAGGUGGUCACGGAUAAGAAGCUCCUAAAAUAUAAAAGUACAUUUGCAGGAUUAAAAACAGAGAACGAGGAAAACCAUCUAGAAAAAGCCACACUAAAUUUAAAUGGGCAUUACCAACUGGUCGUCGUCAACAUCAAGUGUAGGGAUGACACCUCCUUCAGCUUAAAUACAAACCAAUGCAAUAUUCAAAGCAUUUACAAAAUAAAAAUGUUUCUAAUUUCUUCUACCCAAUCGUCCAUAAUUAUGUACAACAAGUUUUUCCUUUACUACAUUUAUGUGUACGUUAAAAAUUCUGAUAAGAAGGGUAAAGGGAAAGUGAGGAAGAAGAAGGGUUAG